AUGAAUAUUGUAUUGUCUAGAAUAUUGUCGUCAUGUUGCCUUCUACUCUCAGCGGGAAUCGGAUGCGCAAUCCCGUCGAUCCUCAAAAGACCAUUUAAACAAAAUGGACCUGAAAGAAGAAGGUCAGUCGGAGAGGCGAUAAUGUGCCUAUGUAACUGUUUGGGAGGAGGAGUGAUCAUGGCAAUGUCGUUCCUGCACAUAUUGCCGGAGUCGGUCGAAGACUGCACGUCGGCAGACCUGUUCAUUAAAAUUCGCGAAAAUAAGCUGAACGUGGCGUUCCUGUUGAUGCUGAUAUCGUUCUCGUUCAUGCUGUUCCUCGAGAGAGUACUCUCGUUCGGAAGAACGCCUUGCUGCGCCGACUUUAACGAUUGCAAGGUCAACACGAAGUGCUGCACAGUCUCGGACGAGGAGGCGCUGGUGGACAAGGAGCUCAAGACGACGGAAAUCGAAAUCAUGUCCCCGGAACAGAAGCCGAAGCAUCCCACAGGCUCAAGAUAUAGGCACGCGCACAGCCACAUCCUGUCGACAAUAAAGAAGCUUCUGUGUCCGAUUUGCGAGUGCAACGGACUGUGCAUAACACUGGCACUAUUUAUCCACUCAGUGUUCGAAGGCAUUGUGGUCGGACUUGAGAAGAACGAGGUGCACCUGUGGCUCAUAACCCUAGGAAUUGUGAUCCACAAGUGGGCAGCGGGAAUGGCCCUGGCCUCGUUUAUGGCGGGGAAUUCCAAGACGCUCAUCACAGUCAUGGUUACCAUUUUCUGCGCAGGGUCGCCUGUCGGAGUCCUGAUAGGGUCCAUGAUUUUGGACGCGAACAUAAGGGCAGUGGCGAUCCUUAACUCAGUUGCCGUAGGCACGCUGGUCUACGUAGGAUUCGAGAUAAUAGUGCACGAGCUGUUUUGCGAAAUUAAGUGCAAAAAGACGGCCAUGUACAAGUGGCUCGCCUUCAUGGCAGGCGGAGGCGUUAUAUUUGGCACACUGAUGCUGGAGUUCUAUUUGUCAAACCACAGUCACGCCCACUAG